AUGAGUGAGGACGGGCCAACAUCCGCCCAGCUGUCACAACCGCAGCAGGAGCAGGCGCAGCACGUGCCGGCGGCAGCAAGUGAGGGCGCCCCCGAGGCCGUUUGCACGUCUCAACGGCAGCAGCACGUACAGGAACAGCAGCAGCAACAGCAGCAGCAACAGCAGCAGCAAGAGCAACAGCAGCAACAGCAGGACCCCGCCAGUGCACCCCGUGGCGUGACGGCGCUGUCGCUGGAGCGGUACCAGCUGGAUUACGAUGCAGAAACAGAGGAGGCGGAGCGCACGCGGCUCGCGACGCUUUGGGGCGUGGUGGCGGGCCCCGCGGACCGCUACAGCACCGCUAAAAUAAUGGAGCGCCUGUUCUGCGUUUUCGAGGCAGCGAAGUAG